UUGGAUUUCAAGAAAGCGAGGGGGAUCAACACGUGGGGACGGCUUCCUUCAUCGAGAGGAACCGUUGACUUUGAUGGAGUGCGUAUCGGUCAAUUAAUCAGCCUCUCGAAAUGAGUCUCCAGAUUGGCAGAUUUAAUGCUCUUAAGUACUUCUAGCUUGGUUCCCGACGCCACCCCGAGAGCGAAGCGAGCGAGACUGAGGUGGUCGAUCGUCCAUGGAAGAGGAGCACUCUGCUGAAUGUUUCGGCAGCACCAGGGCUCGCCAACCGGCGAAGAAGACGUGGGGUUCGGCCACCGUUCUGAUGUUGUCAAUCGUUUUCAUUCUCUCUGGGUUCUUCGUCUCCUGGAUAGAUCUUUCUACUUUGACAGGCGCUUUCAUCUUCGGGACUAGGACUGCGGAAAGCCCUGGAAAUUCCACUCGAUACGUCAGUUACCCGCUCGUCUGCACGAACGACACCACACUGCAGACAUGUCCGAUGAAUUAUCCGGCGACUCAUCGAACCGAGAGUUUGUACACCGAGGGAUGUCCGGAGUACUUCCGGUGGAUUCACGAGGAUCUUCAGCCCUGGAAGGCUGCGGGGAUCACGCGGGAAAUGCUGGAGAACAGCAAAGAGAACGCGCAGUUUCGCCUCGUGAUACUUAAAGGAAAGGCUUACUUGGAGAAGUACAAGCCCGCAUUCCAGACGAGGGACGUGUUCACCAUCUGGGGGAUUUUGCAGCUCCUGAGGUUGUACCCUGGGAAGGUGCCGGACUUGGAGCUCAUGUUCAACUGCGACGACAAGCCGCUGAUCCUGAAGCAAGAUUACCUGGGCCCAAAAGCAGGGGAGGCCCCGCUGUUGUUCCACUAUUGCGGGCACAACACGACCUUCGAUGUCCCUUUCCCGGAUUGGUCCUUCUGGGGUUGGCCUGAAGUGAACAUAAAGCCAUGGGACGACAUUUUAGCGGCCAUAAAAGGCAAGGCGGAGCUGAUCAAAUGGAAGGACAGAGAGCCCUACGCUUUCUGGAAAGGCAACUACGGACUGGCCGAGACCAGGGUCGAUCUCUUCAGGUGCAACGACCGUUCAAGAACCGAUUGGAAAGCUCGAGUGUACGCCCAAGACUGGAGUCGCGAAGUCGCCGACGGAUUCAAGCACUCGAAUCUAGAAGACCAGUGCACUCAUCGGUACAAGAUCUACAUAGAAGGAAUCGGCUGGUCGGUGAGUGAGAAGUACAUUCUGGCAUGCGAUUCAACGACCUUGCUGAUAAAGCCGGAGUUCUACGAUUACUUCAUGAGAGGGAUGAUACCGAUGGAGCAUUACUGGCCGAUUAGGCCUGAUAAUAAGUGCAGAGAUAUCAAAUUUGCUGUUGAAUGGGGAAACAAUCACACUGAGGAGGCACGGAGGAUCGGCGAGGGCGGGACCAAAUUCGUCGAGGAGAGUCUGAAACUGAAGUUUGUGUACGAUUACAUGUUUCACCUGCUCAGCGAAUAUGCAAAGCUUCUGAAGUUUGAGGUAAAGGUGCCUCCAGGAGUGGCCGAGCUGUGUUCGGAAGCAAUGGCAUGCCCGGCCGAUGGGCUUAUGAGGAAGUUCAUGGUCGAGUCGAUGGUGAAGUCGCCUAGCGACGUGCUUCCAUGCUCGCUGCCGCCUCCUUAUGACCCUGUUGAGUUCAAAGCUUUCGUUGACAGAAAAGAUAGUGUCACUAGGCAAGUAGAGAUGUGGGAGGCUGAAUACUGGAAGAAUCUUGAGAAGCAGCUCUAAAUUUUUGCCUUAUUCGAUCACUUUAUUUUGUUUCGAUUAUAAAUUUAUGGUUG